CACAACCUGACACAACUAUACAUAGGCAGUGAGAGACGCCUACCAGUGCCUGGCAACCACUCCCAACACGUAGAGUAGUUAGUUCUUGUAUAAUUUGAUGAUAUAAAACCGUACAUAGUAAUUUUGAUGGUCUAAUUUAAAUUCUUUUUACGAGAAUCUUUACCUCAUUAAUAUUCCACAUCGUGGCCUUAUUAUUAUACCCUGCAUCUUAAUUAGGAAACGGUCUCAAUAUGCAGCAAGGAUUUCCAGGACAGCACACAACGACCACCACUGUUAAUGUUGGAACAACAGCCGUCAAUCCUACAAUCAGAUUAGACACGUCAUACUUUAAAACAUUACCAGGAAUUUUGAAAGUUGUACAAGUGGUAUUGAAUCUACUUGGAUUUAUAUGCAUCAUCUCAACGGUACUUCGGUACAACAGUCGCGAACAAUGGUUCAAUACUGUGGCGAUGGGAGGAUUUUGGUUCACUGGAAUUAUACUAUGUUUCUACGUUUUUCACAUCAUUGAAAAAUUCCAUAAAAUACCUUGGCUGAAAAUAGAACUGGUCUUCUGUUUGAUAUGGACAGCUUGCAACCUUUUGGCAGCUAGUCUAGUGGCUGGAGACGCUCGCAUAGAUGAUGCCCUUGCUGCUGCCGCUGUUUUCGGAUUCCUGGCAAUGGUUGCAUAUGGAAUAGAUGCAUGGUUGAAGUUUAUGGCAAUCAAAAGAGGAGAUAUUGCCCAGGGUGAACGUCAAGUGAACCAAAGUGGCACUACGACUAUUCCGGCUUAUUAAUUUCACCAGAUAACUCUGGUUUUGUUAUUGUUGAUCGCGAUAAAUCACUGUAUAUUUUAUAAUCGUCCCUUCAAAACGCUUCAAUGAUAUUAAAAAAAAACACACACUAAUGUUAUAAUUAUUGUACCUCAAUCGGAGACAUGUCAGCAGCAAAAAGAAACUGAUUUGAUCUCGCUGCUAUAGCUUUACGCAUACAUGCACGUCAGUUAAUUUACACCAGACUAUUCUAUGUAUAUUUUAAAUUACAUAUAUUUGAAUCAUUGAGCCAAAGUGACAGCGUAGAGAAUAAAAAUAUUUUUAGUUGUAAGGGACCAUGGCUGAUUCACUAUAUUUAUUAUUAUAAAUGUGAAAUGCAUCAAGUAUGUCAAUUUAAUACUUAGGUAUAAUUUUACCCAGCUUUUUCGAUGAUGAUUUAUCAAUCUAUACGUUCAACAGACGUUUUGAUCUGUUGUAUCUGUACAAAUAUCUUCGGACUUCUAAGAAUUAGGAAUUAUUGUUAGUAAUUUUUGAAAAAACAAUCAAAUUCUGCUUAUCAUCUGUUGUAUUUUCUUCAUUAAUAAACUACAUAUGUAUGUAUUUAUAUCACAA